AUGGCCUCUCUUCAUCCCGUGCUCGACGUCGAUGAUGACCUACUUUUCAUGAUGCGCUGGGCAACGCAGGAAUUGGUCAAAGCUGGAGACACGGUCCGGAACCACAUGCAGCCUUUGACAAAACCACGACCACGAGAGAACCGCCUCCCUAUCGCUUCCCCCAAUACAAAGCAGCUAUCGCAAGAGAUGUAUGCAAGGUUGAAAACCAUCCGAAAACUCAGAAAUUCACGGGAGCUUGCUGGGACGCCUAUCUUACCUGUGGCCCAUCACAAGCAACAGCUCCUCGGUCUCAUCAAGGAUCACACCUACAGCAUCAUCGUGGCUGAGACUGGUUCUGGAAAGUCAACUCAGGUGCCUCAGAUAAUCGUCGAUGAUGCAAUUGAGAAUCACGCUGGGCUCGACUGCAGGGUGAUGUGCGUCCAACCACGGCGCAUAGCAGCACAAUCCCUGGCAUAUCGAGUUGCCGACGAAAGAGCGGAACCAGUUGGUCGUUCCGUUGGCUACAAUGUACGGUUCGAUCGUAAAUCGCCUGUUUUUGACGGGGGAGGGACGAUCACCUACUGCACCACUGGGAUUUUUUUGAAUCUCCUACAGGACUCGUCCGCCCGGCUACAAUCACUGUCCCACAUUAUACUCGAUGAAGUCCACGUACGGGAUGUCGGCAUCGAUUUGGUUAUGUUGUUGUUGAAGCGUUACGUGGAAAAGCGCCAAGCGACUGGAGCCCCUGUGCCCAAGAUUAUCGUGAUGAGUGCAACUGUGGAUGUCGACCUGUUUUCCUCCUACUUUCGCAACAAGGCCCUAGAUGGGACGCUUAUCCCUGCUCCACAUCUCACGAUUGCCGGCCGCAGCUUCGAGGUGAAGAAACAUUACCUGGAAGAGUUACUUACCACCCUAGAGGAGUUCUACUCGAACAAAGACCUUCGCCUGUUUUUCGAACAAGAUAUGACGCGGGAUUACUUGGCCAACCACGCCAAACAAUUUGGUGGUGAGGGUUCCAAUGAGUCCGAGACACAAGAUUCCCUUGCAGAGAACGGGGGUUCUUCCGCAUCUUUGGCUGACCUGGACCCAUACGAUGAGGAUCGGCUGAUGCCUUACGGGUUAAUUUGCGCGACUCUCUUCUACCUCCUGUCCAAAACCAAAGAUGGCUCCAUGUUGGUUUUCCUCCCGGGUCUUAACCACAUCUUCGCCCUGGAACAAGAUCUUCAAACUUACGGGGAACUCAUGGGGAUUGAUUUAUCCAAUGAAACUCGAUAUCGAGUCGUGAAGUUGCACUCCAGUCUACAGGAAGAACAACAGAAACUCUCUCUCGAGGUGCCGGAUGGUUGUCGAAGAAUUAUCCUCUCGACAGACAUAGCUGAGGCUUCUCUCACGAUCCCGGAUGUGCGGUACGUGAUUGACGCCGGCAAAGUCAACGAGAUGAUUUUCGAUUCAAAGGCAAGCUCUCACCGAAUGGCCUGCUGUUGGGUCAGUCGAUCCAGUGCGCUCCAAAGGGCUGGGCGCGCAGGUCGAGUUCAGCCAGGCGAAUACUUCUUUCUUGGAACGAAGCAGCGAUUCGACACCCUCCGGAUCACCAAAUCCCCGGAAAUUGUCCGAAGUGAUCUCCGGGAAACCUGUCUGCGGACAAGAAAGGCCUCCCCUGAAGAAUCCCUCUCGGCCAUCCUCCGGCGGGCCAUUGAACCACCAGAAGAUACCAAGGUGCGCAUCGCAACGGAAUCCUUGAAACGACUCAAGGCAUUGGACCAGCAUGAAAACAUCACCAGUCUCGGCUCUAUCCUCUGUCAGCUCAGUAUUAACCCGGCCUUGGGCAAGUUGAUCAUCCUCGGCGUCAUCUUCCGCUGCCUGGACCCUCUACUGAUUCUCGGGUCAAUGAGCGAUGGCACCUCCCUGUUUCGUCGGGCGGUCAGUGUCGAGGACCGCCAGGUCAUCGCGGAGUGUGUCCGGGCCUUUGCCGGCGAGUCCUCCAGCGACCAGAUUGGUUACAUCAAUGCUUUUAAGGCUGUUCGGGAUGUUUGGCAUGGGGAAAGUCCACGCAUGGCUUGGCAGUAUGCAAUUCAACACAACAUAUAUUUCCCCUCGUAUCGACAGAUGUCGAUCGCGGCUCGCCAUAUGCUACAUGUCCUGGCUCGAGCUAAGCUCAUCAAGAGAUGGCAGGCUACUAAGAUCGAUUACCAACACCGGUUCGGUGGAGCUGAGCUGAACACCAAUUCUCACCAUGUGCCUCUCAUCAAGGCGCUGUUGCUACAUUGCCUGUUUCCCCAGAUCGCUAUCCCAGUCGUUCAAAGCAGAUAUUAUACUCAAACGGAUCCCGCCGCCCUCAUGGGAAUGACCAGCGUGAACAACCCCAAGGUCUCGAAAUCAUCUUUGACGUUGUUCAACCGGAAACAGUCAUUUCCCGAUAAUCUCCCGAUGCUAUUUGACACGUCCAACAUUACCCCAUUGAUAGCAUGCCUCUUUGGGGGCAACUUGGAACGGAACGACAAGUUUCUAGCCUCGGGCUCGUGGCUGAAAGUGGGCAUCAAUAGCAGAAAAGUGGAGCUAGGAGGCGAGGGUGACGACGCCAUCACGAAUGUGAUUGAGUUGUACAAUGCGAUUGACGAUGCCCUUGAAGCGGCAUUCGAAUCCUUGGCAUCCGGGCGCAAUUCUUUCCUUUCUUACGGGGAGAAAGUUGCAUUGUAUCAUUCUCGCAAUGCUUUAUUUGCAACGCUCCACCGAACCCUCCGGGAUGUGCUGGAUCGAGACCUCAACCGAAUCCCCACGAUCUCCGCCCAUGCCGACAAGUGGGACGAUUAUGCAUCUGUUCUGCAAAAUAGCUCUUCGUGA